GUUCUCUGGUUGUUUUCGUUACGGUAUAAAUCUCGGGAGGCAAGCUACAGACUAUUAACAAUAAACAAACACACUUUCUGAGGUGGUCUGAGCAGGCACUGUAGGAGUUUUGGCUUUCGGUCGCCAACCUUCCUUGUAUCGUCCUUUGCGUCACUCGCACAGCUUCGGACUGAGCCAUGUUGGGGUUUCAGCUCACAUCGGCGCACGCGCCGGUAGCCCACAAGGCCGCUCCGGCAGGCGCCGUACCGAAUGGAGUUCACAAACGGACCAAAGUGCGUUCGAAGUCCAAGAAACGAGACAAGGACCGUGCUGUCAAGUUCAUCGCUGAAACUCAAGAUGCGAUGAUCCAGACUGGGCCCACAUAUAAGCUGCCUGGGGCUGAGAAAUAUAUAAAGUCGCGCAUGGAUCUGCCUAUAUACCAGGCACGAGUCAAGCUGCUGCUUGAGAUCAGCAAAGCUCCAACUGUGAUUGUAGUAGGAGAAACUGGUAGUGGUAAGACGACUCAGCUCAGUCAAUACAUUCGAGACGCGGGCAUGGAUAAGGGCAAGAUGAUCGCAUGCACUCAACCGAGAAGAGUUGCUGCCGUAUCAGUAGCCAACCGGGUUGCCUUGGAAACAGGUUGCAAGAUUGGCUCGAAAGUUGGUUAUACGGUCCGUUUUGACGACACCACUAGUAGAGACACUGCGCUGAAGUACAUGACAGACGGAAUGCUCUUACGAGAGGCUAUAAGUGAUCCCAAACUCAGUCGCUAUUCCGUUAUACUACUGGACGAGGCCCACGAGCGUACUCUCAUGACAGACAUACUCUUUGGCGUCAUCAAGGGGGUGCAGAAGCUACGGCCGGAGCUGAAAGUGAUCAUCAUGAGCGCUACGUUAGAUGCGGCCAAGUUCAGCACGUACUUCGACGAUUGUCCCGUGCUCUACGUCCAAGGGAGACAGUAUCCGGUGGAGAUCCUAUACACCAUCGAGCCACAACAGGACUAUGUAGACUCGGUGUUUGUGACUGUGUUGCAGAUCCAUCAGGAUGAGAAGCCGGGCGACAUCCUGGUAUUCCUUACUGGUCAGGAAGACAUCGAGAAUGUGGGUGCGUUGCUGCAAGACGCAUCCGAGAAACUCGAUCCGAAGUUCGGGAAGUUGGUGGUGCGCCCCAUCUUUGCGGCGCUCCCGCCGGAGCAGCAGAUGAAGGUCUUUGAACCGGUCCCAAAAGGCUCGCGCAAGGUGGUGCUGGCGACAAACAUUGCGGAGACGUCCAUUACCAUUAACGGUAUACGGUAUGUAGUGGACACGGGGCUGGUAAAGGCCAAAACGUUCAACCCAAACUUAUCGGUCGAGUCUCUGAUGGCCCAGCCUGUGAGUCAGGCCCAGGCCAGGCAGAGGACGGGUCGUGCUGGCAGAGAGGCACCAGGAGUUUGUUAUAGAUUGUUCUCAGAGGACUUGUUUCGGACGCUGGAUAGCACAACCACACCGGAGAUUGUACGCUGCAAUUUGGCCUCAGCAGUCCUAAAUAUGAAGGCCAUGGGUGUAGAUGAUAUCAUCCACUUCGACUUCCUGGACAAACCCACCACCGAGUCUCUCAGGGCGGCGUUGAUGCUGAUCUUCUCUCUGGGUGCGCUGGAUGCCUCGGGCAAACUCACUACCUUGGGCAGACGCAUGGCCCGCUUUCCUAUCGAACCGCAACUGGCGAAGACACUGAUAUCUGCUGAACGGUUGGGAUGUGUGGAGGAGAUCCUGACGAUAGUCUCUAUGUUGUCGGCUCCGUCUAUCUUCUUCAUACCGUUCAACAAGCGCGAGGAGGUGGACUUGUCCGUCAUGAAAGAGUUUGCUAGCUUGUACGGAGACCACCUGACGUAUUUGAACGUUUACAAAGCGUACAGACAGAACAAGGGCAACAAGACAUGGUGCAAGGACCACUUCAUCAACAUGAAGUCCAUGAAGACAGUCCUGGACACCCGGGGCCAACUCGCCGAGCUCUGCCGCAAAUCCAAUAUAGAAAUCAGGUCAUCGAGUGACACAGACAACAUACGCAAGGCAUUGGUUUCUGGGUUCUUCUACAACAUAGCCGUGCUGCAGGACGAUGGUACCUACCACCCGGUGAGUAAUAGGACCGAAGUGGCCCUGCACCCGCAGAGUGUGUUGAAGGGCCAGAAGCCCAAGUAUGUCCUGUACCACGAGUUGGUGAAGACAAAGCGGUACUAUUUGCGGGUCGCUACGGUUAUUGAGCCUGAGUGGGCCGCUGAAGCGGCGCCUACCUACUUUGCCCGGACGAUAACCUGAGACGGCCGAGAGACGUAAAACAUUAGCAAAGCAAAACCCAACAUUGCGUGUACUAAAUAUAUCCUGCGGCGUGCACUCGGUACAAAUUGGGUUAAUAGAAUUAUUAGUAAAUAAAAUAGGCCGCAAUGGCGCUAUGAUUGACAGUAUGAGAUACUAGGUUCCCUUUCUUUCGCGCUAUUUUGUUGAGCUCCGGGGUGUUUAUGGAAUGAUUCAUAUUUGAAUAAAAUACUUUCCUGUCUUUCGAG